AUGGAGCAGCAGUACCACUCCCGGAACAAGCCCUCCACCACCUCCUCCUUCCUUCCGACCCCUCCACCCUCUCCUCCAUACUUUUCUCCUCCUCCACCGACGAUGAGCCCGUUGCAGAUGCACGUGGCCAAGCUGGAGACCCUCCAGCCAUAUAUGAACCACUUCCUCAACAUGGCCUACCAUGGCUACAAUACCAAGGACGAACCCUCCUUCCUCUCCGCAUGCACAUCCAUCUCCACCAUACUCUUCGAAGAGGGGGCCGGCCAUGCCCUCCAAUCCGUAUGCGAAUUCCUCACCACCUCCAACCAGGACCUCAACCAGAUCACCAAUCCGGGCGGUCUUGGGUGGGACUGGGCCAUCUACCGCUGGCUGCUCUGCUUCUUGGUGAACCAGGGGCAAAGCCUGCCUGGGGAACUGGCAAGGCUCCGGGAGGCUUUGGGACAGCUUGCUGUCUCCAUGGGGAAUCCCCUCGAAAGCAUUCUCGCUGCUGCCGAGAUGCUGGCUGCGAGUGAGAGGCCAGUGGAAAGCGCCCCGGUGCCUCGGGAGUGCAAUAUUGGGAAGCCGCUGGAGGUGCAGGCUGGACCUGUGCCACUGGUGGUGGACCAUGAGCCUCCUAGGGUACCGGUGGCUGCUGCCCACGUAGACAGUGUUCCGUCGUUGGAAGCAUCUGGGGAGAAGUGCUCCGGUUCCUCCAAGGGAUCAGAAGACGGCGGCCCAGGGUGGGUAGACAAGCUGAGCAAGGAGGAGCUUGAGCGGGUAGAGGAGGAGAUGAAGGAGGCUGCGGCCAGACUGGAUGAGAUUCCGUUCGAUCCAGAAUUCGACGCCUAG